UAGAGACAGACAGAGUAAGGGAGGGCACCUUGUGUUCAUCAGAGUUUUAUCGUUGUCUAAGUUUAGAUCUUGGCUCACAGACGGCUUCUCAAGUAACAAGGCUGCAGGCUCACUUCAGCGACUCCACACGGAGACAGAAACACGCUGAGCUUUAAAGGGAGAUGAGAAAAGGCACAAGACAGUGGCAAAUCACAGGAAAAUAAGACAAGAAGAAGAGAGGAAGGAGACACUGUCACAUAAUGAGGCAUUUCAAACAGAAGACACAGAUGUAGAGAGAGGAAGAGCGCACAUCGGACUACUCUAUCUGGAAGCAGUUCUUCACCUCAUCAGUUUGUCUCUGCUGUUUUACCUGCUGGGACUGGACAAUGACAGAGGAAACAGAGGUGGGAGUGGACCUCACUCCGACCUCGGAGCCUGAGCAACAGGCUCCUCAUUUUCUGCAAGAUGUCAUCUUUCACGGCAAGUUUAAGCUGCUGAAGGCUCUGACCCCCGAGGAGAACACCCUCUGCCAGCACGGCCUCUUCUUCUCAGACGGUCAGCGGCGUGUCGAUUACGUCCUCACGUACCCCGUGAAGAAGCCAUGUGGGGGCCGCUCCAUCCGACCAGCAACGCACCUUCUCACUGAGAAUGCCGUGGCUCGCAGUCUGCGGCGUGGCCCUAAAAGCCGUGAGGAACGCCUCAAACGUCACCAAGCACAAAAGCCAAGAGACUCACCCGCAGUGGACGUGGAGACAGGCCUCCAUGUAGAAAACCACAAUGGCCAGGAGGAGAAGGCAUUCAAGAGGGAAGAGUUUGAAGGGAAACUAAGAGACAUAGGUCUGGAUCUGGAGAAAGAUGAAGACGCAAAGAUUCCAGGAGUCUGCUUUGUGAAGAUCCACGCUCCAUGGCAUGUUCUCUGUCGAGAGGCAGAGUUAAUGAAGCUAAAGAUGCCCACAAAGAAGGUGUAUGAAGUGAAGCAGUCGGGCGGUGUCAUGGAGAAGAUCGGCUCUCUGGUCAGUAAAGUUGUGGAGCCUCUCCACCCUCUAGUUGAAGAACAUCAACAUAAAAACUUUAAACAUCUGUCACACACUUUCUCCAGAGAAAAACAGCACCUGUUUGACCUCUCAGACAAGGAUUACUUCUUUGAUAGCAGAACAAGGAGUUCAAUAGUUUAUGAAAUACUUAAAAGAACAAAAUGCAAAGCCAGGUACAGCAUGGGAAUAACCAGUCUGCUGGGAAGUGGAGUUUAUACUGCAGCUUACCCUCUUCAUGAUGGGGAAAUUAAUGAAGAGAGUGCAGAGCCCAAUGACAGAAAGCUUUUGUAUGAAGAGUGGGCAAACUACAGUGUCUUCUACAAGUACCAGCCCAUCGGACUUGUGAGGAAGUACUUUGGUGAGAAGAUCGGGUUGUACUUUGCUUGGUUGGGUCUGUACACACAGAUGCUGAUUCCUGCCUCUCUAGUGGGUGUCAUUGUCUUUCUGUAUGGAUGUGCCACAGUCGAUGACAACAUACCGAGCAUGGAGAUCUGUCACCCAAAGAACAACAUCACCAUGUGUCCCCUGUGUGACCGAGUGUGCAGCUACUGGAAACUCAGCACGGCCUGUGGGACCGCCCGGGCCAGUCACCUAUUUGACAACCCAGCCACUGUUUUCUUUUCAAUAUUCAUGGCUCUCUGGGCUGCCAUGUUCAUGGAGCACUGGAAGAGGAGGCAGAUGAGACUGAACCAUGAGUGGGACCUGACUGGGUUUGAAGAUGAAGAGGAAGCUCUAAAGGACCACCCCAGGGCUGAAUAUGAGUUCAGAGUCAUGCAGAAGUCUUGCAGCAAAGAUAGGAAAUUUAGGAACAAGGAGGAUAAGCUCACAUGUCAAGACCGCUUCCCUGCCUACAUGACAAACAUCGUCAUGAUGUUGUUAAUGAUUGGUGUAACAUUUGCCAUUGUGUUCGGUGUAAUCCUCUACCGAAUCUCCACCAAAGCUGCCCUUCAUAUGAGCUCCAAUCCAACCACACGGAACCAUGUACAGCUGACGGUCAAAACCACGGCAGCCAUCAUCAACCUGGUGGUCAUCCUGAUUCUGGACGAGGUGUAUGGAGCUGUGGCACGGUGGCUCACUGUGUUAGAGGUUCCUAAAACUGACAAGAGUUUUGAAGAAAGACUCAUCUUCAAGACUUUUAUUCUCAAGUUUUUCAAUGCGUUCACCCCCAUCAUCUACAUUGCGUUCUUCAGGGGAAGGCUGGUGGGAAGACCAGGAAGCUACCUGUAUGUUUUUGAAUCCUACAGAAUGGAGGAGUGUGCUCAUGGUGGCUGUCUGAUGGAGCUGUGUAUCCAGCUGAGUAUCACUAUGUUGGGGAAGCAGCUCAUCCAGAACAAUCUUUUUGAAAUAGGGAUACCCAAGCUAAAGAAGCUGAUCCGCUACAUCCGAUCAGCCAAAGGGGCUUUUCAAGAAGAGGAGAGACAGAAGAAGCUGCAAAGAUAUGAAACUGAUCACUUCCUUGAGCCGUUUGCCGGAUUAACACCUGAAUACAUGGAAAUGAUCAUCCAGUUUGGUUUUGUCACGUUGUUCGUGGCCUCUUUCCCUCUGGCUCCACUCUUUGCUCUGCUCAACAACAUCAUUGAAAUACGACUGGAUGCCAAGAAAUUUGUAACUGAGUUGAGACGACCUGUAGCAGCGAGAGCCAAAGACAUUGGUAUAUGGUACAACAUCCUCAGAGGGGUAGCAAAAGUGGCUGUCAUCAUAAAUGCAUUUGUCAUUUCCUUCACCUCAGACUUCAUCCCUCGGAUGGUCUACCAGUACAUGUACAGCCCUGAUGGCUCCAUGCAUGGAUUUGUCAACCAUACGCUGUCCUAUUUUAAUGUCAGCCACUUCCAGGAGGGCAAAGAAACCAUGGAUCCAUUGCACCUCGGGUAUCCCGUAGAGAUCUGCAGGUAUAAGGACUACAGAGAACCUCCUUGGUCCACCACUCCAUACGAGAUCUCCAAGGAAUUCUGGGUAGUGCUGGCUGUCCGACUGGCCUUUGUCAUUGUUUUCCAGAAUGUCGUAAUGCUGAUGAGUGACAUUGUGGACUGGAUGAUUCCGGACAUCCCUAAAGACAUAAUCCUCCAAAUCCACAAGGAGAAGAUAUUACUGGUGGAUCUCUUCAUGAAAGAAGAGCAAGGCAAGAUCCAAAACCUGGAGAGAAAGGUCUCAACAGAGAGCAAGGAGAACUGUAGCAGUAGGAGCAACAACAACAACAACAGCACAGCGGCCCACCAACGCUCUGGACUGCACAACAACAGCACGAAAAGCCUCUAAUGCCAAGAGUUCUUAGUUUGGUCUUAGGCUGGCCACACAUUAGAUGAUUUUAAACACCAUUUUAGGCCAGACUAUCCUCCCUCAGUGAUUGUGGGGAUGUGACCUGAUUUGAGGUUUGUUGCAAACAACUGUUUCCAAAUAAUCCUUACAUGUGUUGGGUCAGUAUGAUUAUAUUGCUGCUCCCUAUUACAUCAGAGUAUCAGAGGUUUGAUAUUCACGAUUCUUGGUCUAACUGCUUCCAAUUAUCCACCAUCUCAAAAACAAUGAGAGCAAGCAGACAGGGUAGUGUCACAACCAGAUGUUGCAAACUUUUACAGUGCAGACACAUGAAAACAGUUUUACCUUCAUAGCAAAGAUUCACCCAUUUCUUUUCAUAUUUUUUAUAUUCACUGCAACUAUAAUGUACACAAGAACAGCCAGCUGAGGAUGACAAUCAUCCUCCAUGUUGUUUUUUCUUCUGAAGUCUCGUUUUGGUUAAGGGGAGUUUCUGUGGGAUCUUGUGUCAGUGAAAUCUCUGCUGUGAAAUUGUUACACCAGACAGUGGGUGUGCAGUCUCAAAGUAUAGCACAAGGUGUAAGGUCAAAAAUCGUUUUAACCUGUUCUAAGAUCUGUAAUCUCACACAUUUAGAUGCUGGUUAAAAUAUGUAAAUGGUCUAGUGUGUAGCCAGCCGUAGUUAGCGUGUUAGACUUGUUUUUGUUCUUGUUCUGAUCAUUCCAACAAGUGGGAGAGCAGCUCUCUGUUAUCAUGUGAUGAAAGUGAGAGUGAACGAGAUUAAAUACAUUAUUGCGUAUGCAGCUUACUCUGGAUACUCAAUUCUACAAAUGUGCACAGGAAUCUUCGUGUGCAUUAAUGUAUAAAUGGGCACACAUAUUUCAGAUAAGUACAAGAGUAAUGCAUGCUCAAAUUUCGUAUAUGGAUAUGAUUUGUACAUUGUUUAAGAAUCUGAAGAUGUAUACUUAAAAAGAAAACAACUGCAAAUUGCCGUCUUUAAGGAAGUAAAAAGUGCAAAGGAAUCAUUUAUGCUGAUGUAAUUUACAGCCAGGGGUUAAAUUCUGAAUUUCUUUGGGUUUUAGUCUACAAAAAUCAGUGAGUGAGUGCUAGAGAAGUAUUUUUUUCUGUUUCUGAACAUUUUUUUUUUUUUUUUUUUUUUGUUGAAGGCAGUUUUGAAACUGGAAGUUUGUAUGAGGCAAUUAUGUGAAACAGGGAGGUAAAGUCAUACAGAAUACCAGCUUGUUGUAUCACUGCUUUUCUAUGUUGUGUUCUGAGCAGAAAAACUCUGGUAAAGAAAUAAUAUUCAUCUU